CCGACGCCACACAGGCAGGAUGCGGACCUCUGUGGUGCUUGCGAUUCUGCUGGGGGUGUGCGCGGGUGCUAAACUAGACGGUCUGCACCACCACAACCACGACCACGACCACGACGAACACCAUAACCAUGAAGAAGUCGACCACACCCACAAUCACACUGAGGGCACUAGCCAGCCGACGGAGCACGCCCACCGCUCUCAUGGUGUCGGGCACGCUGCGGGCGAACCCUUGGAAGAAAGGAUCAACGUACAGGCUGGCUCUAUUCGCCACCAGGAGUUCUCGUCGGGCAAGCCAGGGGGGGAACCUGCCGUCCAGGGAAGUUACUCAUGGAGAGCACCUAACGGGGAGACCUUCACGGUGGAGUACGUGGCCGACAAACUAGGAUUCAGACCAACCAUUCACCGAAGUGGCUCGUCCUCUUCGUCCUCCUCUUUCGCCUCCAAGACACUACCCAUCUCUGAAGACUCACGCACUGUAACCAAGACCUUCAAUCAUCUUCCGGGCAGCGCUAAGGAGAUCGCCAGUGAGGGUGACGACGGUGGUUGUGCUGAAGGCGGCAAAAACUCUGCUGCGUGUAGAAAUGAAACUCCACAGCAGGCAGUUGGUUCAGGCAGCCCACAGCACACCACAGGCUCAUCUCAAUUACCAGGUUCACGUUUACCUACUAGUUCACUCACCUCAAUCACCUCAUCUCAGUCGGCUGCUUCACAACUUGCUAGCACGAGUGGUUCACAAGGGUUCUCUGGUUCAUCUGGUGGUUCACCGCAAUCCUCUGCUCCUAUCAAAUCACAGCAGACUAGUUCUGGUUCACUCGGGUUACACAGAUUUUCAGUUCCUUCUAGUAAACAGGAGUCCUCUGGUUCACUUGGUUUACAGCACUUUUCCGUUCCAUCAGGGAGUGCACAGCAGUCCUCUGGUUCUCCUGGUUCGUCCGAUUCACAGUCCUCUGGUUCAUUAGGAGACACAAGGCAGUCAUUUGGUUCAUCUGGUUUACAACACGUCACCGGUUCAUUGAGUACACAACAAUCAUCCGGUUCUUCUGAUUCACAAGACGUUUCUGGUUCGUCAGACACGCAUCAGUCCUCUGUGUCAUUAGGUUCACAUCGAUUCUCUGGUUCGUCAGAGACGACACAACAGUCUAGUGGUUCUGCUGGUUCAUUGGGUGUACAACAGUCUUCUGCUUCAUCUGGUUCACGUUUCUCUGGUUCAUCAGGCACACAUCAGUCCUCUGGUUCACGUUUCUCUGGUUCAUCAGGCACACAUCAGUCCUCUGGUUCACGUUUCUCAGGUUCAUCAGGCACACAUCAGUCCUCUGGUUCAUCUGGAUCUCAUAGAUUCUCUGGUUCAUCAGGCACACAGCAGUCGUCUGGUUCAUCUGGUUCACGUUCCUCUGGUUCACUGGGUUCAGGACAGUCCUCUGGUUCGUUAGGCACACAACAUUUCUCUGUUUCAUCUGGUUCACGCCUUUCUGGUUCACUGAACGCACAAGUGUCCUCUGGUUCAUCUGGUUCAUCACACUUAUCUGGUUUAUCGACAGGACAGUCCUCCGGUUCAUCUGGUUCGUCUCACCUCUCUGGUUCUUCGAGUACAAAACAGUCUUCUGGUUCAUCUGGUUCUCAUAAGUUCUCUGGUUCAUCGGGAACACAACACUCAUCUGGUUCAUCGCACUUCUCUGGUUCUUCGGGUGCAGAACAGUCCUCUGGUUCGCUAGGCACACAACAUUUCUCUGGUUCAUCCAAUGCACAAGCGUCCUCUGGUUCAUCACACUUAUCUGGUUCAUCAGCUACAGAACAGUCCCCUGGUUCAUCACACUUUUCUGGUUCAUUGGGUUCAGAACAGUCCUCCGGUUCAACUGGUUCUCACAGGUUCUCUAGUUCAUCAGGCACGCAACAAUCGUCUGGUUCAGUACAGUCUUCCGGUUCACAACUUUCUGGUUCAUCAUCGACAGAACAGUCUUUUGGUUCAUCUGGUUCACGCCUCUCGGGUUCAUCACCGACAGAACAGUCCUCUGGUUCAUCUGCUUCACGUUCCUCUGGUUCAUUACACUUCUCUGGUUCAUUGGGUUCAGUACAGUCCUCUGGUUCGUCUGGUUCAUCACACUUCUCUGGUUCAUCAGCCACAGAACAGUCUUCUGGUUCAUCUGGUUCUCAUAGGUUCUCUGGUUCAUCAGGCACAAAGCAUUCCUCUGAUUCAUCUGGUUCACUUUCCUCUGGUUCAUCACGUUUCUCGAGCUCAUCGGGUACAGGACACUCCUCUGGUUCAUCUGGUUCACUUUCCUCUGGUUCAUUAGGGACAGGGCAGAUCUCUGGUUCAUCACAGUUCUCUGGUUCAUCAGGCACAGAACAGUCCUCUGGUUCGUCUGGUACUCAUAGGUUCUCUGGUUCAUCAGGCACACAGCAUUCCUCUGGUUCGUCUGGUUCAUCGACACGACAGUUCCCUGGUUCAUCUGGUUCACUUUCCUCUGGUUCAUCACAUUUCUCUAGCUCAUCGGGUACAGGACAGUCUUCUGGUUUGUCUGGUUCACUUUCCUCUGGUUCAUUAGGAACAGGGCAGACCUCUGGUUCGUCUGGUUCAUCACACUUCUCUGGUUCAUCAGCCACAGAACAGUCUUCUGGUUCAUCUGGUUCUCAUAGGUUCUCUGGUUCAUCAGGCACAAAGCAUUCCUCUGAUUCAUCUGGUUCACUUUCCUCUGGUUCAUUAGGGACAGGGCAGACCUCUGGUUCGUCUGGUUCAUCACACUUCUCUGGUUCAUCAGCCACAGAGCAGUCUUCUGGUUCAUCUGGUUCUCAUAGGUUCUCUGGUUCAUCAGGCACAAAGCAUUCCACUGGUUCGUCUGGUUCAUCGACACGACAGUUCCCUGGUUCAUCUGGUUCACUUUCCUCUGGUUCAUCACAUUUCUCUAGCUCAUCGGGUACAGGACAGUCUUCUGGUUUGUCUGGUUCACUUUCCUCUGGUUCAUUAGGGACAGGGCAGACCUCUGGUUCGUCUGGUUCAUCACACUUCUCUGGUUCAUCAGCCACAGAGCAGUCUUCUGGUUCAUCUGGUUCUCAUAGGUUCUCUGGUUCAUCAGGCACACAGCAUUCCACUGGUUCGUCUGGUUCAUCGACACGACAGUUCCCUGGUUCAUCUGGUUCACUUUCCUCUGGUUCAUCACAUUUCUCUAGCUCAUCGGGUACAGGACAGUCUUCUGGUUUGUCUGGUUCACUUUCCUCUGGUUCAUUAGGGACAGGGCAGACCUCUGGUUCGUCUGGUUCAUUACAUUUCUCUAGUUUAUCAGGCACACAGCAUUCCUCUGGUUCCUCUGGUUCACCUUCUGGUUCACUGGGUACAGGACAGUCCUCUGGUUCGUUAGGGAUACAACACUUCUCUGUUUCAUCUGGUUCACACCUCACUGGUUCAUCCAACGCUCAAGUGUCUUCUGGUUCAUCCGGUUCAACUCACCUCUCUGGUUCAUCAGCUGGAAAACAGUCUUCCGGUUCAUCUGGUUUACAUUUCUCUGGUUCAUUAGGUACAGGACAGUCUUCUGGCUCGUCUGGUUCAUCACACUUCUCUGGUUCAUUAGGCACACAGCAGUCCCCUGGUUCAUCUGGUGCUCAUAGGUUCUCUGGUUCAUCUGACACACAGCAGUCCUCCGGUUCCUCUGGUUCAUUGGGAACUGAACAAUCUUCUGGUUCAUCUGGUUCGUCACACUUCUCUGGUUCUUUAGGCACACAACACUUCUCUGGUUCAUCUGGUUCACAUCUCUCUGGUUCAUCCAACGGACAAGUAUCCUCUAGUUCAUCUGGUUCAUCGCACAUCUCUGGUUCAUCAGCUACAGAACAGUCCUCCGGUUCAUCUGGUUCUCAUAGGCUUUCUGGUUCAUUAGGUACAGGACAGUCCUCUGGUUCAUCUGGUUCACUCGGUUCCCAUCAUUCUUCUGGUUCACUGGAGUCACAGUCUUCUAGUUCUGGUUCUCAGCAAUCUAUUGAUUCAUCCCUCUCACAGCACUCUUUUGGUUCAUCUGGUUCUCAACACUCUGUAGAUACAUCAGGUUUUGGUUCAUCUGGUUCAAAGAAGGUCGUUGGUUCACCUGGUUCAGAGCAUCGUUUUGGUUUUUCACAGCAUUCUUCUGAUUCGUCUUUCACUUCAUCUUCUGGUUCUCUUGAGUCACAGCAGUCCUUUGGUUCCUCUGGUUCCCAACAUUCUCUGAGUUCCUCUGGUUCACAGCAGGCUACUGGUGCAUCGGGUUCCAGGCAAUCUGUAGGUUUGUCUGGUUCACAGCAGGAGUCAGGCUCACCUAGCUCACAGCAUCACUUUGGUUCAUCUGGUUCACAACAAUCUACUAUUUCAUCUAAUUCAGAGCAAUCUACUGGUUCAUCUGAUUCACAACAAUCUUUUGGCUUGUCUGGUUCACAUCAAUCUUCCGUUUCACUUGGUUCACAGCAACAGUCCACUGCCUCAUUCGAAUCACAGCAGUCUGGUUCCAUUGUCUCUCAGGAGUCCUCUGAUUCACAGUCUGGCGUGCACAGUUCAGCUGGUUCACUUAACACACCUAGUGCUCCCCAUCCUGCUGGUCCGCUCACCACACAUCAUUCUGGAGGCACACUCGAUUCACAGAACUUGAAAGAACAGGCAGACUCUCAAGGCAUUCAGUCAUCAUUUGGCUCCACUCAGUCUCUGUCCACUUCCUCGACUGCAUCAGACUCAGAGGUAACCGGUGGACAGCACGGUGACCUCUCAGUAUUCUUGGCUGGAGAUGGAGCACAAAUAGGACAGACUGAGAAUCAAAGGACCAAGACUGGAUCUUCAGUGACUGGUUUCGAGUCGGGAGCAUCUUUCUCUUCUCAUUCUCAGUCAUCUCUUGGGGUUGCAACAGGGACUGGAACAUCUGAAGUGCCUCACACUCCUGUAGGAACUGCCACUCUUACUUCUGGGGCAUCGGUAGGAACAUCUGGUGAUUCUAGUGUUGGUUCUGUUUCAGGCUCCCAGACUAACCUUGGUGUGGCGACGCAGACAUUUGAUUCUAAGCGUCCCACUGGUUCUAGUAUUCACUCCCCCUCAGAUUCACUAGAUUCUCAUUCACGAUUCUCUUCAUCAUCCUCUACUGAUUCUAAGUCUGGUGGCGCUGUUUCUUCAUCCACCGUGCAGGGUUCAGCAGCAGGAAACAGUGGUGCCUUUGGUUCUGUUUCUGGUUCUUUGUCAGUUGCUUCUGGCAGCGGUUCUUUGACUUCCCUUACUUCAUCUGACAAGCAAGUGGUGACCCAGACUGACGACUCAUCCGGUUCACAACAGACUUCAAGUUCAUCUGGUUCACCUAACCCACAGCAACCUUCAGGCUCUUUCCUAACUCAGCAGUCUGGUUCCUUCAGUUCUAAGCCUCCCUAUGACUUCUUUAGUACACAAGUGCCGUUUGGGUUUUAUGGAUUACAGCUCCCUUACGGCCCAUUCGAAUCCCUCAGACAACGUGACCCUCAGGGAUUUUACCACUUGCGUUAUCCCGUUGACUUCUUUAACCUGCACCUUCCCUAUUACACACGCUCGAGAUCUCCACACACUUUCCUCCGCCAUGCCAACUCUGCUGCCUUCCAUCCGUCAUCCAGUGCAUCUCCUUCACUGCAUCAGUCUACCUUCAGUUCACCUACUGCUUCACCUGGUGCCUCCAAUUUAUCUGCCUCACCUGACGCAGCUGGUGCAAUUGAUUCACCACCUGCGCUUGGUGUUCCUGGUUCAUCUGUACCCUCUACUUCUCUCGGUUCGUCCAAUACACAUGUGACUUCCUCUGGUUCACUCGGUUCAUCUCUUACGUCUGAUUCACUUAUUUCUGGUUCGUUUGACUCUUCUAGUGCCUCUGGUUCCAGUUUUGUUGAAGGUGCAUCUGGUUCACAAGGUUCUGUUGGUUCAUCUGAUACGCCAUCUCAUUCACAAGGUACUUUCGGUUCGGCUAGAAGACCUGACUCGCCUAGUACUUCCUCAGACUUACCUGUUCCCGGUUCAUCUGGUUCAACUGGUUCGACUGUUUCAGAUAGUACUCCUGACACUCAUGGCACAUUUACACCUGUUUUAGUAAAUACACGUGGUUCACAAAGUCAUUCUGGUUCAGUUGAUGCUUCUGACUCCUUUACUGGUGCAUUAGGUAUUCAUGGUUCAUCUGGUUCAUCUGAAGUAUCAAGUACACUAAGCACACCCGGUUCGCCUAGCUCUAAACCUGACAUAAUUGGAGUCUCCGGUUCACCUACCUUUACUGGUUCACCUGUUUCCGCAGCUGAUACAUCUGUAGGAAAACACAUUGAUGAUUCAUUUGGUUCACAACACACUGGGAAGGAAGGAGUAAAUAGUCAGCAGGAGUCAGUGAGUGGUUCGGUUCACUCCACUUCCACUUCGUCAUCUCUCUUCUUGGCAGUGGGCAGUGGACAGGAUGAGAACCCGUCAGUGGUUCUAGCGCGUGGUGGAGAACAAGACCAAGUUCGCCCACAAAGUUUCUUAAGUAAAUUUAGUUCCUCUGGGGUCAUUCCUUCAUCCAAUCUUCCUAGCGGUUCACCCAGUAAGCCCGGUUCACAAGACUUAACUAGUGCCACGGAUGCUGUAGGGUUGUCUGGUUCUAGUUCUAGUUCUAGUCACUCUGGUUCAUCUGUGGUGGUUGACUCACAACAUCACAUAGGUUCUCUUGGUUCACUGAGUUCAUCUGAUGUGUCUUCUGCUGGUUCGUCGGAGUUACAACAGCAUUCUUUAGGUUCAUCUCAAACGGUUCACUCGUCUGAUUCAUCCAGCCUGCAAGAUACCACUGGUUCUACUGUUCUGCUACAAAACACUGGCUCUUCUGGUUCACUUAGUGCUCUUGGUGGUUCCUCUGAUGGUUCUAGCUCACUUGUUUCACCUCACACGCUUGAAACACCCGAUAUAUCAGAAUCCCAUACAACUGGUUCAUCAGGUUCACAUGUCACAUCAGAUUCAUCCAUUCCUCUUGGUUCACAACUCUUAUCUGGUUCAUCAAGUACUUCUGGUUCACUCAAUACUGCAGACUCAUUAAGUAUUUCUGGUUCACAUGGUUCUUCUGUUUCUCAAGUUACAUCAGGUUCAUUUGGUCAUGGUUCAGACAGUACUUCUGGUUCACUCAGCGGUAUUUCUGGUUCACGUGGUUCUUCUGUUUCUCACGGUACUUCUGCAUCAGUUACAAGUGCUUCUGGUUCGAUUGGUGCAACUGAAGUGGGUGGAAACAUAGCUGUGGUUCUGGCAAGCGGCGGCACACAUCAAGAACCGGUUGUACGAGGAGAGAACCAACAAACCGCCUUUCAAGUGGAAUCUGAUACAAGUUCUGGUUCAACAACAAGAUUCACACCAGUGACUCAGAUAGCUUCCAAGGACGCGAGUCUUCAAUUCCAGUCCUCUUCUGUGCCUCCUCCAGCUGGUCCACCCAAGACACUCCACGCCACCGGUUCAUCAAACUCUCCUCCAUCCACUAGUUCACAAUUCCCGUCGUUUGGUUCUCAUGGUUCUCAGCAGACUGGUGUUCUACUGGGUUCACAGCAUUUCACUUCGUCUGCCGCUGGUUCGACUGAGAUACAAGAUUCACACAUCUCCUCACGUCCUGCUGGUUCAUCGGAGGCAUCUGGUUCGUCGGGUCUUGUUUCUUCCGGUACAUCUGAUGCUUCUGGUUCAUCAUUCGGUGUUUCUGGUUCUGUUGGUGUUGAUAGUGGUAGUGUAACUGGUUCAACGGAUUCAUCAGAUAGUACUGGUUCAUCUCUGUCACCUGGUACAAGUGGUUCACCUGGUUUUGUUUCACAUGUUACUACUGACACAUCUGCUUCACCUGGUGUUUCUGGUUCACCUGACUUGAUUGAUCCACGUGGCUCGCCAGAUGUAAUUGGUAAGCCCGGCACACCUGUCUUAGCAAUUACAUCUGGUUCUUCUAGUCCAUCUGGUUCCCCUGGUUCAUCUAUCCCACGACACCCAGAAGGACCACCUGGCGUAGGAGGCGGACAGGGUUCAUUACUUGGUUCCAUUCAGGUCCCGUCCACCUUCUUGUCUGUGCCGGGCUUUAAGGUGACGAGUGGCCAGAAUGAGGGUUUGUCUGUGGUUCUGGCGAGGGGUGGACUACAGCAAGGACAGUCUCGUGGUCAGGAAGUCUCAGAAAGUCUUGGUAAAAGGAAACAUUCUGGUGUGAAUUCUGGGUCAUCUACUUCUUCUGGUUUCAGUGUGGUGCAAAAACUUGAGACUUCACCAGUACGUAAGUCACACACUCAGUUAUUAAACUCACAAAAUUCCUUCGGGUCUCAGUUUGCUGUGGGCUCCAGUAUAGGGUCCACCGCUGGGUCUAGAGUGCCUUCCCUCGUCAGUGCCGGGCGGGAAUCGCAAGGGUCAGGCGCUGGUGUAAACGCCGUCAGUGGUGCGGUGUCGUCAUCCGGUGCAGCUUUCAGAAAUACUCAGUCACAAACUUCUGAAAGACAAAAUGUGCAAAAGUUUAACGGUGCCUCAGUGUCUCGCCAUUUCUCAAGCUCCUCUGUCCCUGGAUCACCUACAUCAGAGCCCUGUGUGUUACUCAGUAUGCUGAAACCUACUAGUGAAGGUGGCUUUACCAUUUCCACUCACCAUUCCGGGAUAUCCACUUCACUUCCCUCUGACACAAACUCUGGGUCUUCCGCUGCAAACAGGAGUGAUGCCGUGAUCCUCGGGGGACAAACAGCUUCGGGAGUCACUCGUAAUUUUGGACACAAUGGUUCAUCGUUUGCCACUCACCGCUUCAAUUUCAAGUCGUCCCACGGAAGCAGUAGCAGCAGCAGUAGCAGCAGCAGCAGCAGCAGCACUAACAGUCAUAGCGGCACAGUGACGUCUCAAGGGAAGGGAAGCAUACAGGUAGAUUCUCGUCCGCCCUCUAUCGUCCGCGUGUCUCCCAUCACGUCAUUAGGGAGCUUCUCUCGGCACUCAUCACCCAGUGUUGACAGUCAGGCGGCAAAAGUACAGCAGAGUCCUAUCUCCGCACCAACAGAGGCACCAGCCUUCAUACCAAUACAACCAGCAAAACUUCAGGCCUUUUUUUCUGAGAGGCGGCCAAGUUCUGACCUCAAGUUUUUGUCACAGCAAAGUCACACCAAUGCUGGUGGGAGUCUCUUGAUGGUCAGAAAUCCUGAGAGCUUUGUUUUGCAUGGUGAGCCACUACCCAUGCACAGAUUUGAUACCAACAAGAAUGAUUUUGCCCUGUCUUCUGUCACCUUGAGGAAACACAGCUUGAGAAGAGGCGGUGGCCACAAGGGUGAGGACGUGGCUGUAGUGCUGGCUCGUCCUCUCCAUCACCAGUGAGCCAACACUUCGCGCAAUGCCGCGAGGGAAGUUUGGUUGAGGGGAUGAGAGUACAAACUAGUUGCUGGCACUGAUUCUGAGGCAAUGUUGCACUAUAUUGUGUUUUGUUUGGAUUGCUGUACUAACCUGCCGGGGAAACCCACCACAUGUUGAGUUGUAAUACGUACGCGCGCUGUUGACUUUGUUGUAAAUAAACCUUUGAACAAA